AUGCGGAAAUUUGCGGUCCUUUCAAACAAGUGAUGUUUGAUCUCAUUGCGUCGAUAGAGGGCGUUGUUUUAGCAUCCAAAAUGGCGACUUCUAACAUCAAGUUACCGCGACGGCUUCCUUUGCUUCUAAUUGAUGGAGUUUUAUUUCCCGGGGCUUCAAUACGAAUUCCUGUGUCAUCUGAAAAAAACAUGAACAUGGUGCGAAAUCAUCUUUUAAGUCGCAGUACCUUAAGUAGUGCUAUCAUUGGUGUUGUGCCUCGAGAGCUGCAUUCUUCAGAUGAGGACGAUGGAAAUGUUUUACAUUCUGUUGGUACUGCUGGAAUCGUUAUCCAAGUCACGGGUACAAAUUGGCCUCGGCCAGCUUAUACCCUUCUUGUGACUGGUUUAUGCCGGUUUAAGUUGGAAAGAAUUACUGAAAAAUCCCCAUACCUCAUUGCAAGUGUACGUCAGUUAGACAGGUUACCUGGAGAAGAAUCAGAAAUUGAUGAAUCUAACUCAGAAUUAUCUGACCUCAUGGAACAGUUUCGUGAACAAGCUACAAAACUGAUUGAUAUGCUUGAUUUAUCUGUGCCUGCUGUUGUAAGGUUAAAGCGCCUGUUAAACUCCUUACCUACUGAAAGCCUUCCAGAUGUUUGUGCUGCAAUUGUUAGGGCAUCUCAUUCAGAAAGACUUCAAAUACUUGAUGCUGUUGAUCUUGCAGAAAGAUUUAGGAAAACCUUGCCAUUACUAGUUCGCCAAAUAGAAGGUCUUCAAUUGUUACAAAAAGCACGAAAGGAAGAAGUGGGCCCUUUAGAUCUGACAAAAAUACCUAUAACAAGAACUAAGUUGUAUGAUGAUAUGGACAAAGGAGAUGAAAUUGCUGCUUUGGAAAAGAAAGUAAGGGAGACAGAAAUGCCAGAACAUGCAAAAAAGUUAUCACUUCGUGAAAUUCAGAGGCUGAAGAAAAUGCCCCCUCACAUGCCAGAUCAUGCAGUUACUCGAAACUACAUUGAAUUAAUGACAGAAUUACCAUGGACGAAACAGUCUCCUGAAGUAAUAGACAUCAAUAAAUCUAGGGCAGAUUUGGAUGCUGAUCACUAUGGAAUGGAAAAACUUAAGAAGAGAGUCUUAGAAUACUUAGCAGUAAGACAGCUUAAAAAUUCUUUGAAAGGGCCGAUACUGUGCUUUGUUGGACCUCCAGGAGUUGGAAAAACUAGUGUGGGCCGUUCAGUUGCUAGUUCACUUGGCCGCGAGUUUCAUAGAAUAUCUUUAGGUGGUGUAUGUGACCAAUCUGACAUCAGGGGACAUAGGCGAACAUAUAUUGGAUCAAUGCCUGGAAGAAUAAUUCAAGGCUUGAGAACAGUUGGUGUGAAGAAUCCAGUUUUCUUGUUAGAUGAAAUUGAUAAAAUGAGUACUGGAAUUCAUGGUGAUCCUGCAGCAGCUAUGCUUGAGGUUUUAGAUCCUGAACAAAAUUGUAACUUUACGGAUCAUUAUCUAAAUGUGCCUUUUGAUCUUUCACAAGUCCUAUUUAUUGCAACUGCUAACAGUGUGACUACCAUACCUCCUGCACUGCUGGACAGAAUGGAAAUCAUAUCAGUUCCUGGCUAUACUCAUGAUGAAAAGGAACAUAUUGCUAGGCAUCAUCUAGUUCCUAAGCAGCUCAAAGAACAUGGCUUGACUCCUGAUAUGAUUCAAAUAACUGAUGAUGCUAUAAGAACAAUAAUUGCAAAAUAUACUAGAGAGGCUGGUGUAAGGGGACUUGAAAGGAAAUUAGGAGCAGUAUGUCGAGCUGUGGCAGUCAAGGUAGUGGAAAAACAAAGAUUGCUUUCAUCAAAGGAAUGUCAUGUUGGUGAUAAUGAAGAAAAAGAAGACAAAAUUCCUUUUAAUUAUAAAGAUCUAGUCUUAAGUCCCAUAGCACAUCCACCUGAACUUCCCUUUGUUUUAGAUUCAGAAGCUGUGACUGAUAUUCUUGGUACUCCUAUUUACGAUAGUCAAGUGAUUGGACGCAUUGGACAGCCUGGAGUAGCAGUGGGUCUUGCAUGGACACCCGCAGGUGGUGAAAUCAUGUAUGUUGAAGCGUCUAAAAUGGAUGGGGAUGGUCAACUCAUUCUGACUGGACAACUCGGGAAAGUGAUGAAAGAAUCUGCCCAACUUGCUUUAAAUUUAGUUAGAUCUCACACACAUGAGUAUGGAAUCAAAGUUCAAAGUGGCGUUGAUUUGAUGGAAGGGACAGAUAUUCACAUCCAUUUCCCUGCCGGAGCUGUGGGUAAAGAUGGCCCAUCUGCCGGAGUCACGAUAGUCACUGUCCUCGUAUCUUUGUUUACUGGAAGAGUUGUGAAAUCAGACGUCGCCAUGACUGGUGAAAUCACAUUAAGAGGACUUGUACUGCCAGUAGGUGGUAUAAAAGAAAAAGUAUUGGCAGCUCACAGGGCUGGAAUGAGAAGCUGCAUUCUUCCUAGUCGAAAUGAAAAAGAUUUAGUUGAAAUUCCUCAGUCUGUGCAAAAUGACAUGAACUUUCAUUUGUGUUCUCAUGUUGAUGAUGUCCUCCAAGCAGCAUUUGAAGGAGGAUUUGCAAUAUCUUCAAAAAAUAUGGAAAUAAAAAGCAAACUUUAAGAAUGAAUUCCAAUUGAACACUUUAUUU